AUGAGUAAACAAAAAAUAUCGAUAGAUUCACACUUGUUGUUGAAUGAUGCUCAAAGAUCAUCUUUAAAUGAACUUGUAGAAAAUGAUAAGAUAACUAUUAUAUCGUGGACACCAGAACAACAAGAAGAGGCAAACCAAUUUAUACGGUCUCAUAUGCUUUCGGAUUUAUUAGAUUCUAACGCGAAGUUAACGAAUUCGAAAUGGGUCAUAAGACAUAAAUAUAAUGAUAAUAUUAAUGUACGAAAAAUUUUAUAUCAAUGUGGUUGUGGAAUUUUUAAUCAAAAUUCUAAUACUAAAAAUACGGGUAAAAGUGGACAUAAUUUUGAAUUUUUGGAAUGUUUAGCCUUUGGAGAAAUUACUAUCAAUAAAUCAACAGAUCUUUAUGAAAAAGUUAUGGGAUAUUUUGAACACGUAAAUGGGUGCAUUCAAUCAGAUAAAACCGUACAACAAGUGGCUGAACCGUUAGUAAUUGUGACUACAUCAUCAACUAUACCGUUACAAGAAACUCCGUCAUUGGUCACAUCACCGAUUGAAUCACACUCUGAUUCAUCGAUUUUGCAACUUCAUCCUAUGGUUAAAGAGAUUACAUCUGAUCUAUUAAAAUCAUACGUACCUAUAAAGUGGGUGUUGAAGGACAAUCAAAGAUUUGUUUAUAAUAGUUGCAAUGGGUUGGUUAUUUUGGAUAAUUCUAGGCUGCUCGUUAAUCCCUCGGAUAUAUCAAGUAUCAUGGAUGAAAUGCAAAAAAUAAAGUUAAACAUCAAUCUGCGACAACCCAAAUCUACUGAUGAUGCUUACGAUUAUCGAAUAUUGAGCACUUUAUUACAAAAGUUUAUUGAUGUAUUGGGUGAAAAAAAUUUAGCUAAAUUUUUUCCAAAGGUUGUUAUGACUGAUAUAAAUUAUCGAGAACAACAAGCAGUGCAUCAAGUCUGGCCAGGUGCUGCAGUGAUUUAUAAUUUCUUUCAUGUAAAUAAAGAAUGGAAUAGGAUAUUAAAGCAAUUUCUUGGCGCCAAUGGUUCUCAGCAAAUCGUUUCUUAUAGAAAGGAAAUGAAAUCUUAUAUGAGAAGUGUGAUUCAGCAAAUAAAUACUAUGAACGACACUAAUCAUAUUAAAGCAACUGUUAUUAAUGCGCAAAAAGGUUUAAAGAGUCAAUUUGAUGGAGCGUAUAAGACUAAUUCAUCAUGCCAGAUCCUCAGUAUUUUGGAGGGUGGAAUUAAAUUUUUUCAAUAUUUGUUAAACAAUUGGUGUGGUCUCACGAUACUUGGUUGGUCACAAGCUGGGAGAAUUAAUGCAGCAAAAAUUUUGAACGUUGACGUAUCGUCUAUUCCGACUACCAAUAAUUGCAUUGAAUCAAUUGAUAAUCAUCUCAGCAAAGAAUCUCUACGUCAGCUCCAGAGAAGAGGUACACAAUUACGAAUUGAUGUAUUGGUCAUGUAUUUGAUUGAAUGCGUUACGCCUAAUUUCAUGAAAAGAUAUAAAUUCCAAAAACAAUUGGAAGAGGAUUUAAAAUCGCAAAGUCAAAAUUAUAUUGAUCAGCGUUAUGUAGAGCUUUUGAAAGCAAAUUAUAAACAUUCGGUAUAUAUGGAACCUGAUAAAAAACGUGACUUGGAGGCAAAAAAAAUCGCGGCAUCAUUUUGGGGUAUUGUAAAAUACGAUGUUCAAAUGGAUGAUAUUCCUAUUGUUACUUUACCAUCUCGUGAAGAAGCAGAAUUGGCAUUGGACGUUGAAGCUGACGAUGAUAAUUGGGUAUUUUCCGAUAAGAUUGAAGAUAAUAGUAGUGAAGAUGGUGUCGAAGAUCCAUUGAAGAAUGACAAUAAACCAAAAGUCGUACAAAAUUUUCCUACCAUACUACCUAAUUUGAAAGAAACGUCCGCGAAUAUGGCACCUACUUUAAAUCCAAAGCAAGAAUUACAGAAUACAUGUCGUUCAUUACUGAAUUCUCUUCAAUCAAUUUCAGAAACAUCAAAAACUUUAGAUAAUGUCGUUCUAAAUUCAAAAAAUUCAAAUAAUGUUAAAAAAGGGAGAAAUCAUUUUGAACAUGGAAAAAGAGCAUUGCAAGGUUUAAUUCAAAGUGAUGAUUGGAAAAUUGCAUUGUUUAAUUUUCAAGCGUUGUUAAACGAAAAUCAAAGUUUAUCACAAUCACCAUCCAAGAAACAAAAGUUUGAUGUUCCGAAUAAGACAUAA